CGGAGCUGGUUUCAUAACUGAGACAAAAGUGUUGAGAUAAACACGGUUGGGUUAAACAAAAGAGAAACAAAUAUGAACGAUUUGUGCGCCGGAAAAGCAGGACUCAAGUCGAGGUUGAAGUGUUCCCACGACGGUUGUGGGGCAACUUUCUCCAAGCAGAACAGGCUGCUGGAGCACGAAGCUGCUCACGCAGGAAAGCGUGCGUGGGCGUGCACAGUGAGCGGCUGCGAGGGUCGAUUCAGCCGGAAGUCACGCCUGAGUCGUCACAUGCUUCAGCACGAUGGCGUCAAGCAAGUCAAGUGCACAAUUGCAAACUGCACCAAGAGUUUCUUCCACGCUGACAAGCUGAAGAGACACAUGCGCUACGCCCACAGCGAGCAAGACCAGUAUUACAAGUGCACUCAGGCUGGCUGCUCUUUGGCUUUCAAGAAGAAACGCCUCUUCAAGCUGCACCAGCAGGAGCAUGGCGUGGCUGCUAAGUUCAAGUGUUCAAAACAGGCUUGCGGUGCCGUGUUUGACUCCCACGUGGCCCGCAAAGCCCACGAGAAAAAGCACGCAGGUUACCGCUGUCCGGAUGCCAACUGCCAGGUGGUGGAGUCCACGUGGAGCAAGCUUCAGAAGCACAUGGUCAAACAUCCAGACACUUUUACCUGCCAUUCCUGCAAGAAAGUCUUCAAGAGGGCCAAGGGUCUGCGGCGCCACAAGCGGAUACACGCUUCCCACAAACCCGUGCUGGUUUGUCCCCGUGAGAGCUGCCAGGCCUACUUCUCCACCACCUUUAACCUGCAGCAUCACAUCCGCAAGGUGCACCUGGAGCUCCUCAAGUACAAGUGCUCCUUCCCAGACUGCCCUCGCACCUUCGCCAUGCGGGAGAGUGUGAGCAGACAUCUGCUCUGCCACGAACCCGGCGCUGUCAGACAGAAGAAGCGUCCUCGCCCUAAAAAGUUGUGGCAGAAGCGACUGGACGGCCACCAGCUCCCCCUGGUGGAGGACAACCUCAAUCGUCUCUUUGCGCUGCGCCUGCACAUCUCCCGCCGUGCCAAAGUGGAGGUCAACCUGUCGGGCCUCUUCAACGAGCGCAAGAUCCCGCAUUACGUGGACCCUGAGGUCAACCUGCGUGAUCUCUUCAGCCUCAAAAAGCUGCUUCCUGUCACCAGCGAGGUAGCGCCCAUGAAGGGUUAAUUAAGUAUGAUGUCCUUUUUCUGGAAGGAAUUGGGUCUGUUUUUGUUUUUUUUACUAAUGUAGCUGACAUACAUUAACUUUUUAAUUUACUGAUUAACUGUCAGUCAUUCAGAAUGUUCAUUCUUGAAGCAUCUUAUUUUGAAAGGACUUGUUGACCCAAUAAAAAUGAGUUGCAUUUUGCACCAAGUGCCCAA